CACGGGUGAGAAGGGGGGACGAGGGUGAGGGGGGGAGGGAGGGAAGGUGAGAUGGUGAAGAGAGAGCGGGAGGAGGAGGAAGAGGAGGAGGGGAAGAGAUAAGUGAUCUAAAGGGGAGACGAUAGGACAAAAAAGUGAUGAUGAUGAAUACAUUGGAAAGUUUUUUGGCCCCGGCGAGGGUGUCAGAUUGAAUGGCCUGUGCGCAUGUGCGAAGGUGUCCAAACUGACAAUGCUGGUGAGAUGAAGAUAGUGUUGUUGCUGCUUCUGGGCUCACGGAGGACGACGAGAGGAAUCUACAAGCCGACAAGAUGAGAUCCAAGGCGAGGGCGAGAAAACUGGCCAAAAAUGACAGUGAGCCAGUGGACAGCAUGUACGACACAGAGGCCGACCUCCCGGGUUUAGCGGCCGGCAGCGGAGGCGGUCCCGACAGCCCAGACGACGAUGCGGAAGACGGCAUCAUCAACAUGUCCCCGCUGCCCUCACCGACCCCUUCACACCCGAACAACAACCACCACCACCACCACCACCUGCUGCACCCCCACAUCUACGCCUCCCACCACCACCACCUCCACAACAACAGCAGCAGCAGCAACGACCAGGACUUCACCACACCCAAGGAGGGCUCGCCCUACGAGGCGCCCGUCUACAUUCCCGACGACAUUCCCAUUCCCGGCGAACUGGAGCUGCGGGAGUCCUCUGUCCCCGGUGCCGGCCUGGGCAUAUGGGCCAAGACCCACAUAGGCGCCGGCGAGAGGUUCGGUUUCCACAGCGCAAAGCAUCAUGGGGCCACGGGCAAGGACGGCUCCUUCGGAUGGGAGCAGAUGAUGAAUGACCACGAAGAUGACUCUCCUGACAGCUGCAUCAAAAAGGUGGUAGACGACAUGGGCAACGUGAAGUUCGCCCUGGACACAGGCCCGGACGCCGCCAGCAACAGCUGGCUCAAGUACGUCCGCUCCGCGCCGUCGUUCGAGGAGCAGAACCUCGCCGCCUGUCAUCUCACGGGGGACCAGUUUUAUUAUAAAGCUGUCCGGGACAUUGAGGCAGGGGAGGAGCUUUUAGUGUAUAUGAAGGACGGUAUUUUCCCCGAGGGAUCCAUGGCACCCAACCUACAAGACGAGCAGAUGUACCGCUGUGAAGACUGUGAUGAGUUGUUCUCCUCGACGCUUGAGCUGCGGCGGCAUCAGAAGUACUCGUGCUCCAGUGCCGGUUCCAUCUUUGACACGCUGAGAGAGGACUUCAAGCAGGAACGAGAGGACAGCGACGAGCCCAUCCACGAGUGUAAAGACUGUGAGAAGAUCUUCCCAAAUGAGUACAGUCUGGGCCAACACAUGAUAGUCCACACAGAGGAGAGGGAAUACAAGUGUGACCAGUGCCCCAAAGCCUUCAACUGGAAGUCCAACCUCAUCCGUCACCAGAUGUCACAUGACAGCGGCAAGCGCUUUGAGUGUGAAAACUGUGAUAAGGUACAGCAUACCCGGCACGUGUUCACAGAUCCCAGCAACCUCCAGCGCCACAUCCGCUCCCAGCACGUGGGGGCACGUGCUCACACGUGUCCUGAAUGUGGCAAGACCUUUGCCACCUCGUCAGGCCUCAAGCAGCAUAAGCACAUCCACAGCAGUGUCAAACCCUUUAUCUGCCCUGAUGGGCUGCGUCUUUUUGCUCCCCCAGGCGAGGUGUGCCACAAAUCCUACACCCAGUUCUCCAACCUCUGCCGCCACAAGCGUAUGCAUGCUGACUGCCGCACCCAGAUCAAGUGCAAGGACUGUGGGCAAUUGUUCAGCACUACCUCCUCCCUCAACAAGCAUCGUCGCUUCUGUGAGGGCAAAAACCAUUACGGCUCUCCAGCAGGGAUGUUCAACCCUGGCAUCCCAAUGAGCUCCAGCCCCAUCAUGGCCAAGGCCAAGUCCCACCAUCCCCAUCUUUCAGGUCUAAACCAGUCAGGAUUAGGCUUCACUGACUACUUUCCCUCCCGACCUCACCCUCACGCAGGCUUGGCAUUCUCCACAGGACCCCAUGGCUUCCCUUCCCUCCCACAUGGUUUCCCAGGUAUCUUUCCCCCAUCACUGUAUCCACGACCACCUUUAUUACCGGCUAGUUCGUUGUUAAAGAGCCCACUGGGCGGCGGCAGUCAAGAGGUGAAGCUGCCUCAGAGUCCCUUAGAUGCACCUCCGCUGUCCUUGGUUAGCUCCACAAACAGCAAUGGGGUUAACAAUUUGAGUCAGCUGGAAGACAAAGGGAAGGAGAACAAACUAGAUUUGUCUUCUAGCGGAGAAGCCAAGCCAAAAUCUAAGAUGGCAGACAUGUCUGAUGGUAGUGACCUUGAAGACGUUAAUACCACAAGCGGGACAGAUUUGGACACCACCACUGGUACUGCUUCGGGUGAUGGUUCUGACCUGGAGAGCGAAGGAGAGAGUGAACGCGAGCGAAGUGGCAAAAGAAGGAAGCCAUCUGGCACCGUAUCAAGUCAAGAAGCCCACCAGUUAGAAGACACUAACAGUGCAUUGAUAUCAGCCAUGUCUAGUUCAGGGAACUUCUCUAUUGAUCGUCCAUUUCUUGGUUCCGCAUCAUCCCAGCACUCCUUCUUCCCUCCACCUGAUGAGCAAGCCCUCCCGCCCACCACCAAUGCCAACUCAGCCGCCACUGAUUCCAUCAAAGCUAUUGCUUCUAUCGCUGAGAAAUAUUUUGGUCCAGGCUUGAUUGGACUUCAUCAGGAGAAGAAGAUGGGUCCACUGCCCUAUCAUUCCAUGUUUCCCUUCCAGAUCCUUCCCAACUUCCACAACUCCCUCUAUCCAUUCAGUGCUGAUCGAGGCGCUCUCAAUCCUGGUAUGUUCUUCAAGGCAGAGCCCAAGUCACCUCGCGAACAGCUGCACAAGAUGGUUUCUAGCUCUCCAGCAGCUCCUGCUUCCACAGCAGAGUCACCAUUUGACCUAACCACAAAAUCCAAGGAGGCCAAGUUAACUCCACCAACCCCAGCCAACCCCUCAAACCCCAACAGUAGUACUGGCAGCAGUAGUGGACCUUUAGCAGUAUCUAGCAGUGAAGAACAGCCACUGGACCUCAGCAUUGGCAGCAGAAGCCGAGGAAGUCAUAAUGGUGUGCCACCUGAGCCGCAAAAUCGAAAGAACCACAUCUAUGGUGUUGGAAAGGGGGUCAUCAAGGAUGAAACCCCGUCUGGGUUUCCACACCCCCAUUCCCAGUCGUUGCACCAAUCCUCCAUAACCCAGCACCAGCAGUCCCAAGCACAGCCACACCAGCCUCCCCCGCUGCACUACGCCAAGCCCUCAGCAUUCUUCAUGGACCCCAUAUACAGCAGGGUGGAGAAGAGGAAGCUACUCGACCCUGUAGGAGCUCUCAAGGAGAAGUUCCUCAGGCCCUCACCCCCACUCUUCCAUCCACAGAUGUCAGCCAUGGAGAAUAUGACAGAGAAGCUGGAGAGCUUUGGUGCUCUAAAACUGGACGCACCGCCCAAUUCGCUGCAACACUCGGCCCAUCCACUGUUCAACUUUCGCUCACCACCACCGUCCCUCUCUGAGGCCAUCCUUCGCAAGGGCAAGGAGCGCUACGCCUGCAGGUACUGUGGGAAAAUCUUCCCCCGUUCAGCAAACCUCACCAGACACUUGCGAACACACACAGGGGAGCAGCCCUACAGGUGUAAAUACUGUGACCGCUCAUUCAGCAUCUCAUCCAAUCUCCAACGUCACGUCCGCAAUAUCCAUAACAAGGAGAAGCCCUUCAAGUGUCACCUGUGCAACCGCUGCUUCGGUCAGCAAACCAACCUCGACCGCCAUCUCAAGAAGCACGAGCAUGAGAACAUUCCUGUGAGCCAACAGUCCGGGAUGCUUUCCAACUUAGGAACCACCAUCUCCUCGCCAAACUCCGAGCCAGACAAUCAUGCACUUUUAGACGAGAAGGAGGACUCGUACUUCUCUGAAAUCCGCAACUUCAUUUCCAACAGUGAGAUGAACCAGGCCUCCAGCUCCACGGAUAAAAGGUCAGAGCAGCCUCACGAGGAACGCCCACCCAGCCACAGCUUGUCCAACUCCAAGCUGGGGCUGCAGGGGCUGGAGGAGGAGGAGGAGGAGGUGGAGGGCGACGACGAGGAGGAGGAGGAAGGCAGCCUGACGGAGAAGUCGCACGACGAGGCGCCCGAGUCCCCGUCCCCCGUCACGACAGGGGUGUAUGAGGAGGACGAGGAAGAGGAAGAGACGGAGGCAGCUCCACUAGCUAUGAGCUAUGAACACACUCGCAGGUGUAUAGAGGAGGAGGGCUCUCUCCUGGACCUGGAGGGUCUGCCCAGCUUUCCCAAGAGCCUGGACGGUUUACGUAAAGCGGCCAGUGAAGAGCAACCCUUUGACGUUAAAGACAUAUUUAACUCUUCACUAGAGUCUGAGGCAUUGAAAGAGACAUUGUACAGACAGGCUAAAACACAGGCUUAUGCAAUGAUGCUGUCUCUCUCCGAGAACAACACUUUGCACGCACCCUCCCAGAACUCUCUGGACGCUUGGCUGAGCAUGGGAGGUGGACCGUCUGAGACGAGCAGCUUUCACCCACUCAACCACAUCUAGGCGGGAGAGAGAGAGAGAGAGAGAGUGAGGGAGAGAGAGAGAGAGAGAGAAAGAAAGGUGGGAGGAAGAGUGGGAGGAACAUUAGUUUCGCAAAUGGAUAGAAACAAGAGACCGAGCGGACAUGAGGAGUGGGAAGACGUGGAGGCCGGAGAAGAAUUCAUUGUCACAUACAUUCAAGAUAGAGAGAGUUUGUGUGGAUAUGUGUGUGUGUGUUUCUUUGUUUCUCUGUGUGUGUGUGUUUGUGUGAGCGUGUGUGAAUGAGAGAGGAGGGGAAGACUGUCCCUAGGUUAGGGGUCUUGCAAGACUCUGUCCAAGAGAAAGCACUGCUAAGCUCCUGUUGAUGUGAAGGACGUGAUGAAUGCUUCUCGAUAGCAUUGAAACUCUGCAUUACUCUGAUCCUCUCCGAGUGCACAAGGCUCACUGCAGCAUCACAGAGGGAGGCCCCCGCGUACGGCUCCCGCAAAGACACUUAAUGACUGACAUGUCUCUAAAGUCCGUGUACACCGCCUGCUACAAACGCUGCAGCAUCAGCGCUGCAUUGGCACUGCAUGUCCACAAGGUGACACCGUUUCACCAGGAACACACAGUGGGCGUGUGCACAAUUGUCUCCAGGUUUCACCCCCCACCCACCAACCCACCCACCCAGCCCGACCACCCACCACCAAUCAUGGGUGACCCGUUGACUGAUCUUGUUUCAGUCCUAACAGCAGAAUCAACAAUAGCACCGCACUAAAUGUUACUUAAAGAACUGACGGAUCCAGUAGACUGAUGAUUUUUUUUUUGUUUUGUUUUGUUUUUUUGGAAUGAUUUUGGAGAACAACGUUCGAUUUGCAAAUGUGCUUUUUAAUGAGCUACCUGGGCCACUAGCCGUUGUAAUUGGUCACUCAAUUUGAUCUCGCGGAAAACGAAUUUAAAAUCAAAGGAAUGAGUCUUUCUCUGCUUGUUUAUUGUUUUCAUCAUUUCAUCGUUAUUCGUUUAACUUUAUUUACGUUCUUUCCUCGUAGACGCCGCAGUAUUGUUUCUCUUGUAGGCACCACAGUGCUAAAUUGUUAAUAUAAUUAUUUUAGAGAAGGACCAAAUUUGUAUGAUAUUGUCAUAUGAUGUACAAAAUAACCUAGAUGUUCAAAAGCAAGAGUGGUAUGUGCCAAAUAACCCAUAGAAAAUGUUUUGUUCUCUGACAAUCAUUUCAUUUCCAAGGGGCUUGCAUUCGCUGUCGUUUUUUUUUUUUUUUCCUUCUUAUUACGCGCUUAUAUAUUUGAUUUCAGAAGUGUGUGUAUGUAUUUAUUUUUGGUUGUCACGACUGGAGGAGUGAAAAUGAAGACGAGUCAUUUUAUCCCUCUUUUCUUGUUGCUGAAGGAUCGCCUAUCAGAGCGCGCAGGGAGAUUCAGAAUCUCUGGUCCUGAUGGGUCAGUGUGCCAAAUUGGAAAGAACCCAUGAAAUGAACUAUUUUUAUUUAUAGUGAAAGAUAGCUGUAGUUAGUUUUAGGUCCUAUUUGGCAUUGAAAUGUCCUGCAGUGUUUAGUCUUUUUUUUUUUUUUUUGUCAUUGUUUUGUUUCAAUUCAGACUGUUUUACCCAGUAGGCUGAAUGUGUCUUGUUCAAAUUGGUAUUAUUAGGGUCAGACUUGGACACAUUUCACCAAGAAUGUCAGAGUAAGGGCAUUACACUGUCACACUAUUGAAAAAAAAAACAACAAAAAAACAAGCUCCCUCUUCCCUCUGUUUGGCAUUCGACACAUGGACUGUAAUCUAUGAAUAUCCUUUUUUUUAAAAAAAAAAAAAAAACUUCAAACACAUGGUCACAUUUGCAUGAACAUGACAGAAUCGCUGCAAGAAGAAUAAAGGCGAGGACUCCUGAAACCAAAAGAAGAGAGCUAACUAAACCCCAGGUAGUAUUAAAAUGGACAUCAAUUAUUCUGCUGGUUGGUCCCCAUCUACAGAAAAAAAAAAAGAAAAGUCUAGUUGAUUCUGGACAGAGGCAAACAGGAAUAUUUGAUGGUUUCUCGACUUUAAACUCCCUCUUCUGAGAUCUUACUGAAAACUCAUUCCAUGCGGUCUGACUGCGCCGUGAAGGGCAUGACGAAUUUACUGUAGAUAGCUGCAGGAGGCAGGGGGGGCGAGCACUGUUGAUCACUGCUCCUCCCAUCAUUCUGGGGCUUUCAGAGCUACGCCUGAUGCUGUAUUCUCAAACUAGCACUUAAAAACACAUCGGUCCGAGCCGGUAAGUCCAUCAGGCUCGGGUCUCUCUCUCUCUCUCUCUCUCUCUAUACAUAUAUACACCUUAGAUCACCGAUACAGUUUUUCAGACUCACGUUCAACCGAUGGGCAAGUUGUGCUCGACACAGACGGAAAAGAAUUAACAGAAGCACUGUAAUUUUUUCUUCACGACAGCAGGUGGUAGUGCGACGCCGGGACUGCUGCAUCAUCUCAUUUUUUCUAAUUUUAUAAUUCUACUGAAUGAGAUUCCAUUCAUGGUAAACACAACUCGUGGUUACAAAACGUUAAAGACUUGGGGCACUAAGUUUUUAGGUUAACUAUGUGUAGUAAUUCAUGUCAUGGACUACUGUAAUAAGUACGCGCUGUGUAAAGCAAAGGAACUGAAGGCAUUGAAGUAUUCCAUUAAGCCAUCUUCAGAAAGUGUUCUGGCAGAUGGUCACUGAAAUAUGUUUCAGCAUAAGAGAACGUGGUUGCUGUUUGCCCCCCGCUGUUACAGGAGAAAGUAAAAAAAAAUAUAUAUAUACAUUGUUUCUUUUUAACUGUAUAGUAUUUUAAAGAAUGAAAAACAAUGGUGCAUUUGUCUGAAGAAAAAAAAAUCAUUGAAAAAUAUGGGUUUAAAUGGAUGGUGCUUGUUUUGUUUAAAUCUGAGUUGUAUAUCGCCUCUGUUAUGUUUAUUGAAAACAAACAAAAAAAAAAGUUAUUGUGCAUGACGUGUUUAGCAGUCAUAAUGAUGUCCAUUUGUGAAAUGUGUAUCAAAUCAAAAAAUGAGUAAAAAAAAAAGAAAAGAAAAGUGGUAAAAAAAAAUAAAUAAAUAAAAUAAAAUAAAUAAUGAAUCCGUAGAUGCACUUAUUGUACAUGUGGUUUAGGUUAGUAGGUUUGACUUCAAGUUCUGACUGCCUUACAGGUGUCUGGGCAGGCGGUUCUGAAACACAUAGAAAAGACUCGUGGGAGAAGACAUAAUGAAAAACAAUAAAGGAUUGUAGAAUAAUAUUGAACAAUUCUGAAAUUGCAGUUCUUUUGAUGCUUGUGAUUAUUGCAGAUGUACUUUAGAGAAAUUUCAUUGAAAAGAUAUGACUCUGAUGUUAAUUCUGUAGAAUAGCAAUGUAUACCAAAUGUAAUCUUUCCAAUGCUAUGAAGAAUUUAUACAUGAAAUUGAUAUGCAAUAAAACCUGUGUGCUUUUUAA